GCUGAUUGGUCCUCGGCUGUAUCCGGUGGGGCAGCGGUCCAGGGCUCGCGAAAAAAAUCGAAGCGAGGAGGAGGAUCUGGUAACGGUGCGUUUUGAGAAAUAUCCUACAUCCCGAGUCGCUUAUCGAGAGGCUCGGCAGGAAUUUACACUUUCUUGUUAGAGGUCACAGAGCAGGGUUGCGGUUGUCGUCAUGGCAUCUGGAAGUACGAGCAGCGAGGAGGAACGGAGCCUGAGGGAGUGUGAGCAGUACGUGCAGAAACACAACAUUCAACAGCUGCUGAAGGACUGCAUUGUCCAGCUGUGUACUUCCAGGCCAGACAGGCCCAUGGCCUUCCUCAGGGAGUACUUCGAGAGGCUGGAGAAGGAGGAGGCCAAGCAGAUCCAGAACCAGCAGAAGGCCAGCAGUUCCCGUUCAGACUCACGCGAUGAGGAGGUGUCUCCGCCCAUGAACCCUGUGGUGAAGGGGCGCCGGCGGAGAGGAGCCUUCAGUGCGGAGGUUUACACGGAGGAGGAUGCAGCCUCGUAUGUCAGAAAGGUCAUUCCAAAAGACUACAAAACAAUGGCUGCCUUGGCCAAAGCUAUUGAAAAGAAUGUGCUCUUCUCACACCUGGAUGACAAUGAGAGGAGUGACAUAUUUGAUGCAAUGUUUCCAGUCACCUAUAUUGCUGGGGAAACAGUCAUUCUGCAGGGUGAUGAAGGUGACAAUUUCUAUGUUAUCGACCAAGGGGAGAUGGAUGUGUAUGUGAACAAUGAAUGGGUGACCAGCAUUGGGGAGGGAGGCAGCUUUGGAGAGCUGGCACUGAUCUACGGCACCCCGAGGGCAGCUACAGUCAGAGCCAAGACCAACGUUAAACUGUGGGGCAUCGACAGAGACAGCUACAGGAGAAUACUUAUGGGAAGCACUUUGAGAAAGAGGAAGAUGUACGAGGAAUUCCUCAGGAAAGUGUCCAUUUUAGAGUCUCUUGACAAAUGGGAGCGUCUCACAGUCGCCGAUGCCUUGGAGCCCGUGCAGUUUGAGGACGGACAGAAGAUUGUUGUGCAGGGAGAACCUGGAGAUGAGUUCUUCAUCAUUUUGGAGGGUUCUGCAGCUGUGUUGCAGCGUCGCUCAGAGAACGAGGAGUUUGUGGAAGUUGGGAGAUUAGGACCAUCAGACUACUUUGGUGAGAUCGCUCUGCUGAUGAACCGCCCCCGUGCUGCCACUGUGGUCGCCCGCGGCCCCCUCAAGUGCGUCAAGCUCGACCGGCCUCGCUUCGAGCGUGUUCUGGGCCCCUGCUCAGACAUACUCAAACGUAACAUCCAACAGUACAACAGCUUCGUGUCGCUGUCUGUCUGAGGGAGCCGCCCUCCUCAUCCUCUUCCUCUCCUCACACCCUUCACCUUCCUCUCCUUUCAGACCCAGGGUCCACCAAUGCAAUUUGCUUUUUGUCACUUUCUUCUUGGUUCUGUUUGCUUCCCCCCCCUCCCUUCUUUGUUUUUCCAUGCACAGAUCAUUUUGUUGUUACCACACGUCACGCAGAGGUGACUUUUAGCCAUUCACCAGCGCUUGUACCAGCUGCUGUAUGCUACCUUGUAGGCACAGUUACAUCACAUGUUACUUAUGUUAUAAAUGUAUUUGCUGGUUAUGCUUUCUUUUAAAACACAGAGCAGGAGAUUCUGAAAGAUUUUAGGGUCUCAGACUGAUGAGACAGACAAUCAGACUUUACAUGGCGCUUUUGGUGAAUUUGUUACAGAUUUCUGUUGUAGAUUGAAGUGAAGACUGCUUAUUCCCCGUUUACGAGUUUCCUUUUUGACAUCAGUUAGCAUAAAUAGACACACAGAGUAGAGCAGAACCUAGAAACCAUAGAAGGCAGGAAGAAUAUGGAUUGCAGCCGUUCAUAGGUUUCAGCUGUAAUAUGAUGCUCCAUUUUUUUCGGUUACCUUUUGAUUGGUAUGAUGAGACAAUGACGUGUCUGUUUUGCUUAGUUUGAGAGAGCUUGUACAACUUUAAGAUUUUUUAUUGUGCAGCUACCAGGCUAGUGCCAAAUGUUGAUUAAUGUCACAAUGCAAAGAUGCAUAGCCGUGGAAAUGCAGUGCGUGUUCUGUUCCCUGACUAUUCGGAGCUCUGGCGGGAGGUAGUUAUCACCCUUAUUGUCCUUUUACUCGAUAGAACGACCAUACAAGAACUGCCUUGACUACUCUGAGGAAAAAAUAUAAAUAAAAAGAAAGGAAAAAAAGAGUAUUAAGUGUAUUUCAGUAUUCAGUUUAUUUAGUAUAUACCAAAUAACUUGGUCACUCUUCUGCUAUGGUUUGUAAUCUAAAAUGUUAUCAUAGUAUAGUUAAAAUGAUCAUAGUUAUUAUCAUUGACUAAAUGAUAAACUUAUGGUUUGGAGUGAUGGUGAUCUUUAAAAAAAAUAUGUUUGUCUUUUGUAAACACUUAUUUUUCCAUAAAUUCUAUUUUAGGUGUCCAGUGCCACAAAGUAAAUAAAUGCUUCUUGUCAACUGACAAAACAGUAUGUAAUUGUAUUGUGUAAAAUGUCAUGGGUUUUUAAAAUAGAUCAAAAGGGUCAAUUGCAGGUUUAUUGAAGUGAAGAAAAAAAAACUUAACUAGACGGAUUUUCAGGACAUCUGAAGUAUUUAUGUAUCAAAGCUUCACGUGGGCAAGCUGGUGGGCAGAGCGAGCAGAUAUUUAUUUCAAACUAGUGUCAUUGCUUAUUGCCUAUUUGAAAAGGUGGCUGUCUUUUCAUCAGAGUAGCUUGUGACCUGUUCUCUAUGCUUACAUGGCAUGAUGUUUUAGGCAUCCAGUGAUCUGGUAUGAAUGGAAGCGUGUAUUAAAAAGCCUGCAGCUUCGUACAGAAGCAGGAACUUUUGUCAGAUAUUUGAUUUGUUACUCCCUCGCUUAACUGCUUCAUGACUAUUUAGAUAGCAUAAAAUGUUUUCUUUCUUAUUCUUUUUUUUUCCACAAAAGAUCUUUACCAAAAUCACACAAUGUUCUGGAUUAUAGGCUUAACUCUUCAUUCCUGCCUCACUUGUCUGUUAUCAGAAAUGAUCUGUUUCGUCUCAUUCAGAGCACCUGUAUGCGCUUAGAAUUGAGAUGUUCGUUUGUACGUCCCAAAAAAGGUUUGAUUUUUGGUGCCGAUUGCAGGGUAGUCAGGUUGGUGAGAAGACCUUUUUCUUAAUGGAUAUGAGUAUACGUUUCCUCACACUUAAACUGAUCAUCUGUUCCCCCCUAACCCUCAGGUUAUCCUUGUGGAUGUGGUGACAUGUGGAUUUGUGUCCAUUAACAGCACAUCCUGUUUAUCCAGAUCCACAGGACGUGACUCCGUUAGGGGCGAGGGUUUCACCUUUGUCAAGUUUUCAUGUAAAUAGCUGCGUCAUCGGUUUUAGUCCAAAAUGUUUCUAGCCACACUGCAAUCGUCCCGGUUUGCCUUAGCUUACCUAACCUGGGCUUACAGUAGUAGUCAGUCACUCCUGCUAGCCCGACCUUCAGUGAGUUUGUUUGGCCUGCAGCGCAGAGAGCUGCGGCCAUCAGAGGACCAUUCUUUUUCUAUUCUACCCUGUAUUUAGUUUGACCUCCUGUAUGUGCAAAGAUGUUUAUCCUUUUGGUAUAGAUUGUUCCAGAUGGCAGUUUAAGCAAUAAAAAAGUAAAAAAUUA